CCGCGGCGUACACGUGCCCACCCACUUGCACGCGCGCCCACUUAACGCCCGCGACGCCUAGUUCGAAAUGAAAGUGUGGCAUGUUAUGAAAUAAGGAUACGCGCCUCUUAUUCAGUAUUUUUUUUUUCUUUUAGUAGUGAGAUUGCAAUAGUGAAGUAGUGCCUUAGUGUAAAGAGUGAUUUGACGACAAGAAAUGACAGAGCGAGAUGAUAUGUGUCUGCGAGAGAUGACCCUGUGUGCGGCGAACGGGUAGUGUGUGUGCGAACAACGAACUUCGCUCUGUAUAACGACUUCCAAGACGAGUGUGCGACUGAAGUGUUUCGAGUGCAUUGCGACUGAUGGUUCGUUACUGAUUAGCUGUAACCCUACGUGGAAUUUAUGGGAUUGUAUCAGGAAAGUCAGCAAGCCACACUGAGCUGAACAGAUUACAAGAAAGUAAACAGAAAAACGUACACGUAACCAAAGUCCAAAAAGCCUAUAUUGUUGUGAUAAAAUAUAGCCCUACAUGUAUCACUGGGUGAUUCGGAAAGUAUCAGAAAGUAUCAGAUUCUGUUGGGCGAAUAGCCUCUGGAGCAGACGAGAACACGAUCCACCUGCUCAUAGUACAGUCUAAAACCCUAUAUAAAAGAAGAAAGAAAACCCAUUUGCUCUAUAAACCCCACAAGACCACCUAGGUCUUCGUCAGCCAUCUUACAAACACCAGCAGGAGUCGCUACAGAAGGACCAAGACGCAGCAGCCAUGGGGUGUGGAAAGUCAAAACCGAAGGAUGAUAUAGAUGCUGCUCCCUACGCCCCGCCCAACCGCUACAGGAAAGCGGACGCCAGCGGGAACAACCAGUAUGGCAGGCGAGGAGCCCCCACCGGAAGUGUCAGGGGAACCCAAAGCCAAGAGCGGCAGGAAGACCAACGGCAGCUCGGGUCCUCGUCCACCUACACCGUCCUCCCUCAGAACGACCACGAGGCUCCUAUCUCGACUGUAGCCACCAAAAAUGGAGAGGAGGAGCUUAUUCCUGCACCUACCAACACCCAGCCAGAUUUUUAUGGUUACAAGAGCAAGCAAAGUCAAAAAACUAUGGAUUCUUCUUAUAAUGGAUUUGGUGAUAAUUCAGAGCAAUUAGUAAAAGACAGUAAUACUGUUUACAGUGAUCCCCAACAAGAACAAGCUGCUACAGAGAACCAAGCUUCUUUCCAAGACUACAAAACUAGACAAAAUUUAGACUGUACUACACCAUCUGUAACAGAAGAAUUAGACAAUAUCAACCUCGGUGAUCCAGACCUCAAUAGAGCUGCAACUCAGAUCCAAGCUUCCUUUAGGGGCUAUAAAACAAGGCAGACUUUAAAAGAGAAUCAACAUGAAUCCCCAUUAACUGAAGAGCUAGAUGGUAUUGAUCUAAAUGACCCUGAACUUGAAAAGGCUGCUACCCAGAUUCAAGCUUCUUUCAGAGGUUAUAAAACCAGACAGAAUCUGAAAGAAAAUGAACCUUCUGUCAAUGAAGAAGAAACAGUUGACCUUGAUCUGAAUGACCCAGAGCUUGAAAAGGCUGCAACCCAAAUUCAAGCAUCUUUCAGGGGCUAUAAAACCAGACAGAAUCUGAAAGAGAACGAAUCUCCUGAAUCUCCAGCUGAUAAAGAGGAAACAGUUGACAUCGACCUGAAUGACCCAGAACUUGAAAAGGCUGCAACUCAAAUUCAAGCUUCUUUCAGAGGCUAUAAAACCAGACAGAAUUUGAAGGAGGAUGGAACUCCUGAAUCUCCAGCUAAAGAAGAAGAGACAGUUGACCUUGAUCUGAAUGAUCCAGAGCUUGAAAAGGCUGCAACCCAAAUCCAAGCUUCCUUCAGAGGCUAUAAAACCAGACAGAAUCUGAAAGAAAACGAACCUUCUGGAAAUGAAGAAGAAACAGUUGACCUUGAUCUGAAUGACCCAGAACUUGAAAAGGCUGCAACCCAAAUUCAAGCUUCCUUCAGAGGCUAUAAAACCAGACAGAAUCUGAAAGAGGAUGGAACUCCUGAAUCUCCAGCUAAAGAAGAAGAGAUAGUUGACCUUGACCUGAAUGACCCAGAGCUUGAAAAGGCAGCAACCCAAAUUCAAGCUUCUUUCAGAGGCCAUAAAACCAGACAGAAUCUGAAGGAAAACAAACCUGGUAAUGAAGAAUCUCCAGCUGAUGAAGAAGAGAUAGUUGACCUUGAUCUAAAUGACCCAGAGCUUGAAAAGGCAGCAACCCAAAUUCAAGCUUCUUUCAGAGGCCAUAAAACCAGACAGAAUCUGAAAGAAAACAAACCUGGUAAUGAAGAAUCUCCAGCUGAUGAAGAAGAGAUAGUUGAUCUUGAUCUGAAUGACCCAGAGCUUGAAAAGGCUGCAACCCAGAUUCAAGCUUCCUUCAGGGGUUAUAAAACCAGACAGAAUCUGAAAGAGAAUGAACUUCUGAAUGACCCAGAACUUGAAAAGGCUGCAACCCAAAUUCAAGCUUCUUUCAGAGGCCAUAAAACCAGACAGAAUCUGAAGGAAAACAAACCUGGUAAUGAAGAAGAAAUAGUUGACCUUGAUCUAAAUGACCCAGAGCUUGAAAAGGCAGCAACCCAAAUUCAAGCUUCUUUCAGAGGCCAUAAAACCAGACAGAAUCUGAAGGAAAAACCUGGUAAUGAAGAAUCUCCAGCUGAUGAAGAAGAGAUAGUUGACCUUGAUCUAAAUGACCCAGAGCUUGAAAAGGCAGCAACCCAAAUUCAAGCUUCUUUCAGAGGCCAUAAAACCAGACAGAAUCUGAAGGAAAACAAACCUGGUAAUGAAGAAUCUCCAGCUGAUGAAGAAGAGAUAGUUGACCUUGAUCUAAAUGACCCAGAGCUUGAAAAGGCAGCAACUCAAAUUCAAGCUUCUUUCAGAGGCCAUAAAACCAGACAGAAUCUGAAGGAAAACAAACCUGGUAAUGAAGAAUCUCCAGCUGAUGAAGAAGAGAUAGUUGACCUUGAUCUAAAUGAUCCAGAGCUUGAAAAGGCAGCAACCCAAAUUCAAGCUUCUUUCAGAGGCUAUAAAACCAGACAAAAUCUAAAAGAGAAUGGAUCUCCGGAAUCUCCAGCUAAUGAAGAAGAGAUAGUUGAUCUUGAUCUGAAUGACCCAGAGCUUGAAAAGGCUGCAACCCAGAUUCAAGCUUCCUUCAGGGGUUAUAAAACCAGACAAAAUCUAAAAGAGAAUGGAUCUCGGGAAUCCCCAGCUGAUGAAGAAGAGAUAGUUGAUCUUGAUCUGAAUGACCCAGAACUUGAAAAAGCAGCAACCCAGAUUCAAGCUUCUUUCAGAGGCCAUAAAACCAGACAGAAUCUGAAAGAAAACAAACCUGGUAAUGAAUCUCCAGCUGAUGAAGAAGAGAUAGUUGACCUUGACCUGAAUGACCCAGAACUUGAAAAGGCAGCAACCCAAAUUCAAGCUUCUUUCAGAGGCUAUAAAGCCAGACAGAAUCUGAAAGAGAAUGGAUCUCCGGAAUCUCCAGCUAAUGAAGAAGAGAUAGUUGAUCUUGAUCUGAAUGACCCAGAACUUGAAAAGGCUGCAACCCAGAUUCAAGCUUCCUUCAGGGGUUAUAAAACCAGACAAAAUCUGAAAGAGAAUGGAUCUCCGGAAUCUCCAGCUGAUGAAGAAGAGAUAGUUGACCUUGAUCUAAAUGACCCAGAACUUGAAAAGGCUGCAACCCAAAUUCAAGCUUCUUUCAGAGGCUAUAAAACCAGACAGAAUCUGAAAGAAAAUGAACCUUCUGGUAAUGAAGAAGUAGUUGACCUUGACUUGAAUGAUCCAGAACUUGAAAAGGCUGCAACCCAAAUUCAAGCUUCUUUCAGAGGCCAUAAAACCAGACAGAAUCUGAAAGAAAACAAACCUGGUAAUGAAUCUCCAGCUGAUGAAGAAGAGAUAGUUGACCUUGAUCUAAAUGACCCAGAACUUGAAAAGGCAGCAACCCAAAUUCAAGCUUCUUUCAGAGGCUAUAAAACCAGACAGAAUCUGAAAGAGAAUGGAUCUCCAGAAUCUCCAGCUAAUGAAGAAGAGAUAGUUGAUCUUGAUCUGAAUGACCCAGAGCUUGAAAAGGCUGCAACCCAGAUUCAAGCUUCCUUCAGGGGUUAUAAAACCAGACAGAAUCUGAAAGAAAAUGAACCUUCAGGUAAUGAAGAAGAAACUGUUGACCUUGACUUGAAUGACCCAGAACUUGAAAAGGCUGCAACCCAGAUUCAAGCUUCUUUCAGAGGCCAUAAAACCAGACAGAAUCUGAAGGAAAACAAACCUGGUAACUGACAAUCUCCAGCUAAAGAAGAGAUAGUUGACCUUGACCUGAAUGACCCAGAACUUGAAAAGGCUGCAACCCAGAUUCAAGCUUCUUUCAGAGGCCAUA